ACGGUUGUCGGAUCUGAGCCAAUUUGGCUAGUCUCUUCGUAUGGUGAACUCAGCUUCUUGGUUCUGAUGGUUGGUCUUGGUCUGCAUUAUCGAGUCCGUCAACAAGCUGGCCAACUAAGGCGCCAGUUGAUGCAGGUUUGCGAGUGCAUGUCACCAUCCUCCGCGACAGCAGGAGAAGAAGCCAUGCAAACUAACCUUGGGACUGAACCUGAAGAUGAAGCUGGCUCCGAAAGCCAGGUAUUGACGAAGUUGGAUAGACUAGCAACCACAAGAAACGAGGUGAAACCAUCACUCAAUGUGUCUGAAAACACUGCCUCAUCUUAUCUUUUUCACUUGUUUUCCUUCAUUCCAUCUGUAUUCUCUGAUGCUUUUCGUUCCGCCGCUCUCCAGCCUCCAGCCCUUGAGUCAUCUACUCUAAGUUCUAGAUUAACUUCUGGUCCCCCCGGUGGGAUUAUUAAAGACAUCUUGGCCGCGACGCCUAUUUCAAACGGGAAUCGAUUUUCCUCUUUAAUAUCACUGCAUGAUGUGGCCACACAAACAUUGGAAACAGUGACGAUGGCGAUGACCGAACGCAAGGUGAAUAGUUAA